AUGUCGUAUUUAAUUCAUUCAUCAUCAUGUUUAUCAAUGGAUAAUUAUAAUCGAUCACUUAUAUCUAUCCAAACGAAUAGUAAAACCGAAAAACGACAUCAAAGCAAAGCCAUGCACACAUUUUUUGUCUUAAUUCUUGUAACAAUUUUGGCUCGACAUGGAUACACUCAAGUUCUUCCUCAGCCAGGUGUCUGUGGUAUUCCAUUAAUUAAACCAAAAUCUACAACACGUAUUGUUAAUGGUGAAGCAGCUAUUCCACAUUCGCGACCUUAUCAACUUUUAUUAGUUGGUUUCUUUCCAAAUGGAACAGCAAAAGCUUAUUGUGGUGCUAGUCUUAUUACAACAAAACAUGUACUUACAGCAGCUCAUUGUGUUGCUGGUUAUAAUGCACAAGAUCUUCGUAUAUUUCCUGGUCUUCAUAAUUUUACUUCAUAUGUUUUAAAUCCACAAAAUGGUAUUCCAGUACAAAAAUUCGUUUCUCAUGAAUCUUAUAAUGCUGGUCGUCUUACAAGUGAUGUUGCUAUCAUUCGUUUAGCCAGAGAACUUGUAGUUGAUAAUCAUCAGAUUGGUCUUAUCUGUCUACCUGAAGAAAAAGCUGCAGCGUGUGGAGUUGGCCAUCCUGUUGUUGCAAGUGGCUGGGGUGCAACAACAGGUGAUCCAAAUCGACCAAGUAAUAGUCGACCAGUUGAACUUCAACAAGUUGAUCUCCAGUGUGUUGAUGCUAACAGCAACGCUGGAUGUAAAUCAUUAACCUACCUCUUGAAUAUUAUUCGAGAACCCUCUAAAAUGUGUGCUUAUAAUCCAGGAAAAUCAGUUUGCUUUGGUGAUAGUGGUGGUCCACUUGUACGAGAAAAAACUCAUCCUGAUGGAAGAAAAUAUUUUGAACAAGUAGGUAUUAUGUCUGGCACAAAGGAUUGUUCAUUCACAGGGCCAUAUCCAGAUAUUUAUGCCGAUGUUAUCUAUUUUAUGUCAUGGAUUACUAAACAAGUUCAAGCAUCACCAUAA